AUGUGGAACUGGAAUAUUCUCUUAGAAUUAUCAAAUAAAUAUCCACUUUUAGAAUUUACUGGAAUUGAUAAGACAAAAUUAUUUCCCUCAUUAAUUAAACCUAGUAAUUUAAAUUUUAUCCAUGCUAAUAUAUUGGAAGGUUUACCUUUUCAACAAAAUCAUUUUGAUUUUGUUCAUUUAAACAUAGUUGAACCACGUCAUACUAAAGAUCAAUGGGCUUUUAUUAUGAGUGAAUUAAUAAGGGUAGCGAAACCAGGUGGAUACAUAGAAGUAAGUAUAAUAUUUUUACUGCAAGUUUUAUGUCUACAAAUUAAUAUUUUUAUUUCUUUAUUAUAA